CAAAAAUAAAUAUGGCAGAUGAUCAAAAGAUGAGAGGAAUUCUCUGUGUGAUUGGAGGUUGCAUAAUCCACCUGUACCUUGGUUGCUUCUAUCUUUGGGGGCAUAUCCAGGUGUAUAUUACCUCAUACCUCCAUAAACAUGAUCAUUCAGUAACUCUUGAUGACACCUCUACAAUAUUUGUACUGCAGGGUGUCUUUCAAGCAAUUUUCAUGCCUGUAGCUCCCUUCAUGCUGAAGCAUUACCCAGUGUGGGUCCUGAUUACAGUAGGAGGAGUGUUUGCUAUUGGAGGAGUUUUCUUAACUUCUUUUCUCACAAAUGUGACCUAUUUCGUUAUUGUUUACCCGCUAUUCUAUGGAUUUGGAAUUGGAAUUACAUAUCUAGCUCCCUUAGUAUGAGGAUGGGAGUACUUCCCAGAAAGACGUGGUGCCGUCAGUGGAGUCAUUGUUGGAGGCUUCGGCUUUGGGUCUUUCAUUUUCAGCUAUGUUUCACUCCUGAUAGUGAAUCCUGAGGGACACCAAGCUACACAAAAAGUAUCAGGAGGCAUGAUAUUUCAUCCUAAUGAUCCUGUUUCCUCAAGAGCCCCUCUCAUGUUGAGAGUUAAUUGCUUAUGAUGGCUGAUUAUUCUCAUAAUCUCACUGAUCUUAAUCAGACGUAAAAGAGAGUCUCAGGAAGACAGAGUUGAGAGCAGUAAUAAUGGGCUUAGCUCGGAUCAUUUGAUUGUCUCGGUGGAAGAAAAUAUUGAAAUAGUAGAACCUACCUACAAAGAAGCUAUGCUACAUUAUAGAACCCUAUAUAUUUGGGUAAUGAUAGUUCUUAGUGUUAGCUAUCCGAUGUUAAUGGCAAGCCACUUCAAAACAUAUGCGAAUAUAGAUGUUCCUGAUGAGAAAUUUUUAAUGAUUACAGGAUCAUUCGGAGCAGCAAUGAACGGCCUUUCAAGAGGAAUUUGGGCUUAUUUUCAGGAUAUCUACGGAUUUAAAGCAGUGUUCCUAACGUUAAUUAUUUUUCAGAUAUUAAUUGCAUUGACAGUAGACUUUAUUCAUAAAGUGAAAGUGUUAUACUUCAUCUGGACAUUAGUAACAUAUUUCUGAUUAGGAGGAUACUUCUCAAUUUUCCCGACAGUCAAUGCUAAAUUAUAUGGAGCUGUGACAGGUGGAAAAGUGCAUGGGACUAUCUUCUGAGCAUUUUCUACCUCUACUAUUCUAAAUCUACUAUUACUGAGGUUAGAGUCUUCUAGACAUCUUGAAUAUGCUCAGAUAUUUUACAUACAGGCAGGGUUUUCCAUUAUCGUUGCCAUCAUGACUAUACUUUUUGAUGAUGCUACAUUGAUCAAGAAAGUAUUGAGGCGGAACAAGAGAUUUAACCAAGAAGAAGACUCUUUUAUAGAGCUUAAAUUAGAAAAUAAUUCUUAA